AUGGGGGCGAACAAUUCACUGGUGCUUAGUGAGAGGAGAGAGUCAAGGAAGAGGACAUGUGGUUAUCCACAAGGUGCGAUGUAUCAGCCGCACCGCUUGUGGGGUCGGCCAUUCGCGAGAAAGAGAGUGAUCACUAGCCUCGGUGUUGCACCGGGUCAUGUCCAUCAUCAAGUUGAUAUCUACAACGUCAAGUUUGUGUCAGCCAUGCACGCCGGAGCCUUGUCGAGUUGCCAGAAAGCAGAAAAGUAUGACCUAGUCCUGCGAUACUUCUCUCGCACUUUUCGCAUACUUGCAAUCUUUGUUGAGGUUUUCGAAUCUUCUAGAUCCUGGAAAAUGAAUCAGAAAUAUGCUACUGUAACCAUCAUGCUACGAAUUCAUGUGUUUCAUCUGUGGGACGCCACACUGUCUGAUGAAGCUUCAAACAGACAUCGUCGUUUAAUAUCCUUCACGAUCCGAUGCACUGAAAGAGCUCUACCUUGCAAGUUAUUAGCGAGACGGAUACGGUGCAACAAAAUGACCUCUCUCGUAAAAAUUGUGUUCGGAGUCCUGGGUAACAUAACUGCCUCAUUUUUAUUCUUGUCACCAGUGCCAACAUUCUGGAGGAUUGUGAAGAGCCGGAAAGUAGAUGAUUUUUCAGGGAUGCCGUAUUUAACAGCGGCGCUCAACACCUGUUUGUGGACUCUCUACGGCCUCCCUUUCGUCAGUUUUCAAGUGCUGGUGGUCACUGUAAAUGCCGCUGGCGCUGGCCUUGAGAUUUCCUACAUCAUCAUCUAUCUGAUGUACUCCGAGGGGAAAGCUAGAAUGAGGGUGGUGAAAUUUUUCGCAGUUAUGGUUUGUGGCUUCAUCCUCAUGACAGGGCUGGUCCUAGGCCUGGUCGAUAGUGUCGACACUAGGAAAACUAUUCUGGGGGUUAUGGGAGCUUUUCUGGGAUCGCUCAUGUAUGCAGCUCCUCUCACAGUCAUGCGGAUGGUGAUCCAGACGAAAAGCGUGGAGUUCAUGCCUUUUCUGCUGUCUCUCUUCGUCUUCUUGAACAGUACCACUUGGACAAUCUACGCAGGUGUUCCUGAGACCGAUCUUUACAUCCUCAUUCCGAAUGGACUUGGACUGCUACUGGGGACAACACAGCUCGUCCUGUACGCGAUGUACCGCGGAUCAACUCCACGGAAGCCAUCCCUUCCAACUUUCAGUUACAAACUGGCAGUGGAGACCCCACCCAAGUUUGCUCCUGCUCCAGAUAGCAAGGCAAAUCGGCCCUUAGGUCCUGGUAAUCAGAAAGCGCCUGAAAAUGUGUAAAAACUAUCAAUGCAAGUUUCAUGUACUUGUUCCUCUGUAAAUAGAUCACUCUUGUAAUCACCUUCCAGCGUAAACAGUGUUAAUAUUUAGAACUUCAGCAAAAUACCGAACAGCAACACUUCCCGCAAAUAUUGACUGCUCAUUCCGACUCAUUCUAACAUCAUCUAAUCAACUUCCGUUACAAGCAAUGAGAAAUAUCUGGCUUGAAAACUCCCAGAUCGAUAACAUGGAUACUUCGGCGCGGUAUGGGUAUCCCUCGAUAACUGGCAAGCACGACAGUGCAGACCGUCAGUAGUUAAUCCACAGCAUCACCGAACUGAACGAUUUCGACCCACUCCAAUUUAGAUCGAACCUGGUAUCCACAGAACAAAGUGCCGGCUGUCCCGUGUUCUAGAUUCUGCGGAUCCACCGCGUUGCGAAAGCGUCGGCUGGGUACCCAGUUUCCGAGAAGGGCGAGGAUGUGUUCAAAGGCAGAUCAUGUGCCGCAGAGCAGCAGCAAUCAGACAGUCUUGUGACCAAUUCCGGAUCUUUGCCAGCUGAUAGUGUUUCGAUCCAUACUGCGAGGUCUCGAUCGGAUCUCUGCGGAGCUUCUCCAUCCACAGGGACAGUCGCAAGUGUGCCAGAUCUCUGCCGUCGACAUAGAUUCCGUUUGCUUCCAGGGUUGCAU